AUGGGAACCGUUGAAGAAUAUUACCAAGAACAACUUGACGAGUUCGAGGCCCUAAAGGCCAUCUAUCCAGAUCUCUUGGUUGACAAGACUCCGACAUCGUCGGCUUGGAACCAGAAGCUUCAUCCAAAAUUUGAGAUCACUCUUUCUUCGGAUAAAUGUAAAGAUCCUGUUUUAUCCGUAACAGUUGCCGUUGAAUUCACAGCCACUUAUCCGCAGUCUGUACCCAUAGUCAAAUUUGAGAAACCUAAGAAUAUCAUGGCUUCGCAGAUGGAUUGUAUUCGUAGGCAGUGCGAACGGAUUCUAAAGGACGAAAAGGGACAACCUGUGAUAUAUUCAAUCACUUCUACCAUUCAGGAAUACUUGGACGAGAUUCAGCAGAGCGCACGUACUGAAUCUCUUGAAGAAGAACGACUGAAAAGGUUAGAGAGCGAGAAGAUGAAACUUGAAUUGAAGCAGAAACGUGAAGAACAGGAGAUUGAACAGGAGAGAGAAAAGGAACAAGAGAUGCUUGAUGAGAUGGUUCAGCGAGAAAUGAGACGAAGGGAUGACAAUGACCGGAACGAGAUGUCGUACGAACCGAUGAAGGAGGCUAACAGCAUGUAUGGAACCAUCAAUAUCAACGAUGAGACACUGAUUCCUACAAUGGAUGAGCUGCAAAAUGGUGGCUCCUACUUUGUUUUUGACAAAUCAAUUACCGUUGAAAUCCAACACUUGCAGUUUAGUUUUCGAACAGUGACGGGAUUUGUUCCUGUUCAACCGUCUGGAUUACUCAAACAGAUAUCCAAGCAAUUUUUGGUUAAGCCCUACGUUAAGAAAGGUUCCCAGGCCGAAAAUGUGUUAAAGAAUUUGGCCUCAAACACAGGAAUCUUAAAAAGAAGAUAUGGAAGAAACAUCAGUGGCAUUGAAGACGAUCUGCAGUGUGUUAUUACCGUGAUCGAAUUGACUAAUCCCUACUGGAAUACUACUCAAGGUAAGAAGACUAUGCUAACGUUAGAAAAGGAAUUGCAGGCUGUAUUGGAGUUAAAGCAUGACAACGUGGAUCGAGUUUUGGCCUUCAAUAUAGAGAAGCUAGAGGUAACUUCCAAGGGAGACAUCUCUUUGGAGAACUCUGCAGCUAGAAAAACCUCUAAAAAGGUGACAGCUGAGAAUGAAAAACUAACUAUUUGGAAGAUAAGAAUACUCUCUGGUUAUUGCGAAUCAUUAGGAGAGUUGUUGUCAACAAUAUCAUUUUUGAACUUGAAUUCUGCACGUGAAUGGACCAUUCAAAUGCUCGAAAGUCUCGAGUAUUUGCACAAGAAUGGCCUUAUUCAUAGAUGCGUUACGCUUGACUCUAUAUUGAUAACGCAACCAAAGGCACUAGGAUCUACUUCUGUCAAACUAAGCAGCACAUGCUAUGGAUAUACCUUAUUGAGCAUGCUGUAUUUACAUCCUAAUCUCGAUUCUGAUGGCGAUGAGGAUCUGUUGCCCUUUGAGAAUGGUGGCUGGACCGCUCCAGAACGGAUUAAUUCGAACGGUAAUGGUAUAUUUCUUAAACCACAGAGAAAGACAGAUGUUUGGGACAUUGGCGUGGUAUUUGUUCAGACUAUUUUGGGUACAGAUAUCAUUUAUCAGUUUGAAAACCCCUCAGAUUUCCUAAAUAACUGCACAAAUCUUGAUGAGAGCCUUCGAAGUUUCUUAGAAAGUAUCUUUGAGGUGAAGACUCGAAAAAGACCUGAUCCUUUGGAACUACUUCCUUCGAAGUUUCUUCGCUUAAACUUGAACGUUUCUCCUCUAGCAGAAUUGACAGCAAGAGAUGCUCAGAGUUCGUCCAACCUUGAUUCUUCUGUUAUCAAAAAUAGGCCUAUUUCCGGAUUUACUGACAUCUCUACGGAGCCUGUGUUAAUGAUACCUCAAAGGUCUUCGAUUGCUGGGCACCGUGCCAAGAGAGAUUCGUUUGGUAUGUCGAUGCUUGCACCUGAACAAAGGACAUAUUCCAGAUAUGCACAGGAUUUUGAAGAGGUCGGUAUUUUAGGCAAGGGUGGAUUUGGAGAAGUUGUUAAAGUACGUAACAAGUUAGAUGGAAGGUUCUAUGCGAUUAAGAAAAUUCGUCACACCGAGGACAAACUUGCCAAAAUCAUGAAUGAGGUUAUGCUGUUAGCCAGACUUAACCACCAAUAUGUCGUGAGAUACUAUGCUGCUUGGUUAGAAGACGACUAUGCUUAUAAAUUAGCAGGCGGUUCCGCUAUAGAGAGUGAUAGCGAAAGUAACAGUAAGGAAGAAUCUUCUGAUGAUUCAGAAGAAGUCGAAAACGAGAGAACCCUCAGUGAGCCUCGAACUAACAGUCAGAGUUUCACUGAUUUUAUAUCUGGAUCAACAAAUCCAGAGCUGGAGUUUGAUUUCUCAGAUACGAGCGGCGAAGAAGAGGAGGAUAUUGACGGCAAUGACGGUGAAGCAGGUGGCAAUGAUGCACAGAAACCAGCUGAAGCGAAAAAUGCCGAUUCACCCGCUGCCAACGAUGACGCUGAGGACUCUGCAUUCACCUUUGGAACUCCCAGUGAAAAAGGACUUAAUGAAACACUAGUGAGAACGGCAUCUAAGCAGUCACGAUCGAAGAAAAAAAGUGUUCUUUUCAUUCAGAUGGAGUACUGUGAAAAUCGUACUCUUUUCGACUUGAUCCGGCAGGGAUUGCCAAACGAUUCGGACAACUACUGGAGAAUAUUGAGACAAAUUCUUGAGGCCUUGAGCCAUAUUCAUGCUCAGGGAAUUAUCCACCGAGAUUUGAAGCCCAUGAACAUUUUCAUUGAUAGAAAUAAUGACGUGAAAGUGGGAGACUUUGGAUUGGCCAAGAACGUUCAUAGCAGUUCUUCAGCCACAAAACUCGUCGAUGUUGAACGGUCAAAUGAGGAUUUGACUUCGGAUAUUGGUACUACUUUAUACAUCGCUACCGAAGUUCUUGACGGUAACGGUGAUUAUAACGAAAAGGUCGACCUGUAUUCUCUUGGAAUCAUCUUUUUUGAGAUGAUUUAUUCUCUAGGUACUUCCAUGGAAAGAUAUACGGCCAUUCGUAAUCUUCGGACAUUGGAAAUUGUACUUCCAUCAGAUUUUGAAGCCAAUAAGUUGGCCACAGAGAAAACUAUUAUUAAGAUGUUACUCAACCAUGAUCCAGCGAAGCGUCCCUCUGCUAACGAGUUACUGCAGAGCGGUCUCGUUCGUGUACAACAACAGGAUACAUUGAUGAAAGAAGCCUUGGACGCUUUGGUUGAUCCUUCAUCUUCCUGGCAUCACCAGGCCAGAAAUAUCCUUUUUUCUCAGCCUUAUAGUUUUGCACGUGAUCUAUUGUUUGGCGAUUACUCUGACAAGAAGCAGUUUGAAGUGUCCGACUUUUUACUUCACACUACAAUUGAGAACGAGGUCGCAAAAGUGUUUCAGGAGCAUGGGGCCUUGAAAUUUUAUGAUAACAACUCCCUUAUGUUCCCGAGAACUCCAUUGUAUGACGAGAACUAUCAAGUUUAUGAGGUUUUAGAUAGAGCUGGUAGUGUGUUACAGCUUCCUUAUGAUUUAACACUUCCAUUGGCACGUCUUCUUGGAAGAAGAAAGCUUUCUGUUCAUAAGAUCUAUCGAAUAGAAUAUGUGUAUCGAUCAAUGGAAAACGAUGAAGGCUCUGGGCCUAUCAAAUUCCGUGAGGCUGAUUUUGAUAUAAUCACCGAACCUGCAGAUGUUCCGGAAUACUUACCGUUCUCCGAUGCUGAAUGUAUAAAGGUGAUCAGUGAAAUUGUGGAGAUAUUUCCUUUUAUUAGAGCAUCCAAUGUGAAGAUCAUUCUCAAUCAUUGCAAUUUACUGGAGACAACUCUAGAGCAUUGUGGUAUUGAAAGGGCCCAGAGGUUAAUGGUUUCUCGAAUUCUCGCAGAAGUUGGUUAUAGUAAGACAAUGAAGGAGGCCAAGGCCAUUCUUAAGCAGGAGUUGAAUCUUCCAUCUACUAUUCUUAACGAACUUGUUCAAUUUGAGUUCUCUGCACCUAUUGAAGUCUGCAAAGCAAAGAUGCACAAAAUCAUGCUUGACAGUCCCCUAUUGGCCAAGGUCGAUGCUUCAUUGAGCUAUCUUUCACGUGUGGUGAGAUAUCUUCGAUUAUUCAAAGUGAAUCUUACCGUUGAAGUCUGUCCCUUCAGCGGUUAUAAUGCAUCGUUUUAUCGUGGUGGUAUCAUGUUCACAGCGAUUUAUGAAGAUAAGAGGCGUUCAAUCAUCUGUGCGGGUGGUAGAUAUAGCUUUUUGAUUGGCUCGUUGGCUAGGAACAAGGCUCCAGGAUCGUUGCCGAAUGCUGUAGGACUUAGAUUAGCCUGGGAUUUCCUUUACAAUUCCAUGAAGAGAUAUAUUGAUAUGCUGAAGCGACGCAAGAGCAGCAGGAAGAAGAAGGAGCAAACAGAACAGCUGAAAUUGACGUGGAAUCCUAGCAAGUGCGAUGUUUUGAUUGGAUUCUUUUCUGUUGGAAUUCUUAAAGAAGCAGUUCCCUUCUUACUCAACUACUUGUGGUCUUCUGGAAUCAGUGCUGAUAUAACCAAGAGCUGUUUGACGACAGAGGAGAUGGCAAAUCAGGUUAUCAAGGAUAAUGUCAAGUUCUUACUAAUAAUCAAGGCACAGACCAGUUUGCAAGCGUUGCUCCGCCAAAACAAAUCGUCAUCUAAUUACAAAUUACUGCGAUUAAAAAACUUAGAAACGAAAACUGAUUAUGAGGUUGAUCUCAAUGAUUUGGUAUCGACGAUUAAGGAAGAAUUGACUCAAGAGAAGCCUAAAGAAGCAGAUGAACUUGAAGAUUCACUGGUUGAAGAAUCGGACCACAAGACAGAAUCAGAUGAGGUGAGGAAUCCCAACCAAAAAGUGGUGGUGGUCGCCAAUCAUGCUACGAAUGCGAAUAAGAAGAAUAAUCGAAAGGAAAAAUGGGCGAUGGUUGACGAUGCAUUGAAGGCUACAGAUUCUCUUAUUAGCACUUUGGGAGGUGCACCGGUUUUUACUAUUGAGGCAAGAGAAGAAGUGCUAGAUAUGAUCUCUAUUACAUCCCUUGAUCAGCCAGAAGAAUGGAAGAGAAGGGUUGGGGGAGUGUCUAGCGCUACGCCGAGAUCGUUUGUCGGUAACAUAUACAGCUCCCUAGCAAAAGAGGCAGCAAAGGGAACUAAAUGGGCUGUUGUUUAUGGAGGUCCCAAGUCUGAGAAGAUGUGUGUAGUGGAUUUACAGAGAUAG